AGAAAAUAACAUGCAUAACUUUUCUAAUUUAUUCUUCGUACGGCUACAUUCAUAUAAGCAAAUUCAUGAGAUAAUCAACGAUAAAAAUUAUUCAAAUUAUGGUUUUAAAUAAGACUUUUUAAAAAAAGAAAUAAAUUAAUGUCUUAGUUACAAAAGUUGUUUAAUUUUACAGAAAUGGAAAUCCAUCCUGUUGUCAAGAUUAUAAGAAUAUUUUAGUGGAGUGCAUAGCUUGCAUUGGUUCCUUUGGAACAAAUUGCUCCAAUCCAUGUAUGUUCGGGUACUAGGACAUGGAUGUCGUGAGCGUUGUAAUUUUAGUCAAAGUCAGACAUGUGGCAGAGAAAGAGGGUGCAUUGUUCCUAAUAGUUCAUACUCUGGUACAGCUCAGGACAAUGGUAUGAAACCUUUUACAAGCAAUUAUUUACAAAUAAUAAUACUCAUUCCAUGCGGUCUUCUUAUCUUUAUCGUUUUGGGGGCAGUCUACUACCUCCGAAGGAAACUUAACAGAAAAGAACAACGUGAAUCAAAUGCAAAUCUGGGUAAUACAGCAAAUACAUGUUUAGAUCAAGAAGGCGGAGGUGAUAUAUAUAGCCAUGUAAGAGAAUCAAAAAUGAUUGAAAAUACAGAUGUCUCUCAAUCUGAAAAAUAUAAACCGCUUGAAGAGGGCAGGUCCACGAUGACGCACAUGUGCAAAAGCUCCACUAGGCAAUAUGGUGAAGAAUGGCAAGAAUCGGCUAGCUACUCUAGUCCUCUGGAUCAUGCAUAUAAUGGAGAACAUGGUAGUGGCCGUGAUCAGACUUAUUAUAAGGGACACUUUAGGGAAAGUGAUACCUACAACCGUUUGCAACUGAAAAAUAUGUUUACAUGUACAUUACCCGCAAAGACUUGUAUGAAUAUGAAUUAUUACGCUUUGAUGAAGUCAAAUAAUUCAAUGUCAAUGAAAAACAUUAAUUCUAAAAAGGAAAGUUAUCGUAAAGAGGGUGAAUACAUGGACCAAACAUAUAAAGAAAAUGCUCCGAUGACUAGAUCUGGAGUGAACCGAUCAAGGUUUUUCCGGCCUUAUAGCUCUGUUAAGUAUAACCGUCAAGUAGAACGGGAAGAUAAUGCAAUGAAAUAA